GUCAUUCUCUGAGAGGAAGCGAUGGAGGACGGCGGCAGUCAGAGGCGGGCUCAGCCGAGCGGUUCAGGGCCGGGGCCUGGAGACGAGAAGACGCCGGGGCCGUGGAGUCGGGACAAGAAGGACCCCAAUGCGAUCGUGGCGGACAAGGAGCAGGAGCUGUCCGAAGAAGAUAAGCAACUACAGGAUGAGUUGGAAAUGCUUGUGGAGCGCUUGGGGGAGCAGGAUACCUCUCUCUAUCGGCCUGCCCUGGAGGAGCUGCGCAGGCAGAUUCGCUCUUCCACAACUUCCAUGACCUCUGUGCCCAAGCCCCUGAAGUUUCUACGACCACAUUAUGGCAAAUUGAAAGAGAUCUACGAAAACAUGGCUGCAGGGGAAAAUAAGCGAUUUUCAGCUGACAUAAUCUCUGUUCUGGCCAUGACGAUGAGUGGAGAGCGGGAGUGUCUGAAAUACCGGCUGGUGGGAUCCCAGGAGCCCUUGGCCUCAUGGGGCCAUGAAUAUGUUAGGCAUCUAGCUGGUGAAGUUGCCAAGGAGUGGCAGGAAAUUGACGAGGCUGACAAGACCCAGAAGGACACACUGCUAACCCUUGUAAAGGAGAUCGUGCCGUACAACAUGGCCCACAAUGCCGAACAUGAAGCCUGUGAUUUGCUCAUGGAGAUUGAACAGAUGGACAUGCUGGAGGAAUAUAUUGAUGACAAUGCCUAUGCGAAAGUCUGCCUCUACCUGACUAGCUGUGUCAGCUAUGUUCCUGAACCUGAGAAUUCAGCCCUCCUCCGCUGUGCUCUCAGCAUCUUCCGCAAGUUCAACCGCUACCCAGAAGCUCUACGCCUAGCUCUUAUGCUGAAUGACAUGGAAUUGGCUGAGAACAUCUUCAUCUCCUGCAAAGAUGUGGUUGUUCAGAAGCAAAUGGCCUUCAUGCUGGGUCGCCACGGAGUCUUUCUGGAGCUGAGUGAGGACGUUGAGGAAUAUGAAGAUCUCACAGAAAUCAUGUCCAACGUACAGCUCAAUAGCAACUUUCUGGCUUUGGCCAGAGAGUUGGACAUCAUGGAGCCCAAGGUGCCAGAUGAUAUUUACAAAACACAUCUAGAAAACAAUCGGUUUGGUGGCAGUGGCUCCCAGGUGGAUUCUGCCCGCAUGAACUUGGCCUCCUCCUUUGUGAAUGGUUUCGUGAAUGCUGCCUUUGGGCAGGACAAGCUGCUAACAGACGAUGGCAACAAAUGGUUGUACAAGAACAAGGACCAUGGAAUGCUGAGUGCUGCAGCCUCGCUUGGGAUGAUUCUGUUGUGGGAUGUGGAUGGAGGGCUUACACAGAUUGACAAAUACCUGUAUUCCUCAGAAGACUACAUCAAGUCAGGGGCUCUUCUGGCUUGUGGCAUUGUGAAUUCUGGAGUGAGGAAUGAGUGUGACCCUGCCCUUGCGCUGCUCUCAGACUACGUCCUGCACAACAGCAACACCAUGAGGAUUGGGGCUAUCUUUGGGCUGGGGCUGGCGUAUGCUGGGUCCAAUCGAGAAGAUGUCCUCACCUUGCUGCUUCCUGUGAUGGGUGAUUCUAAGUCCAGCAUGGAGGUAGCUGGCGUGACCGCCUUGGCCUGUGGAAUGAUUGCUGUGGGCUCCUGCAAUGGAGACGUCACCUCCACCAUUCUCCAAACCAUCAUGGAGAAGUCAGAGACAGAACUGAAGGACACGUAUGCCCGAUGGCUACCUCUUGGGCUAGGCUUGAACCAUCUUGGGAAAGGGGAGGCCAUUGAAGCGAUCCUGGCUGCCCUACAGGUUGUGUCAGAGCCCUUCCGCAGCUUUGCCAACACACUCGUGGAUAUCUGUGCCUAUGCAGGGUCUGGCAAUGUGCUGAAGGUGCAGCAGCUUCUCCACAUUUGCAGCGAACAUUUUGAUUCCAAAGAAAAGGAGGAGGAGAAAGAGAAGAAGGAGAAGAAAGAUAAAGAAAAGAAAGAGAACCCUGCCGACAUGGGGGCUCAUCAGGGAGUAGCAGUCCUGGGGAUUGCGCUCAUUGCAAUGGGAGAAGAAAUUGGGGCUGAGAUGGCACUACGUACCUUUGGUCACUUGUUGCGGUAUGGAGAGCCAACCCUCCGCCGAGCUGUGCCCUUAGCUCUGGCUCUCAUCUCCGUCUCCAACCCCCGCCUCAACAUCCUUGACACCCUCAGCAAGUUUUCCCACGAUGCUGACCCAGAGGUGUCCUACAACUCCAUCUUUGCCAUGGGCAUGGUGGGCAGUGGCACCAAUAAUGCUCGUCUGGCAGCAAUGCUGAGACAGCUGGCGCAGUAUCAUGCCAAGGAUCCAAAUAACCUCUUCAUGGUGCGGUUGGCUCAGGGCCUGACGCAUCUUGGGAAAGGGACGCUUACCCUCUGUCCUUACCAUAGUGAUCGGCAGCUCAUGAGUCAGGUGGCUGUGGCUGGCCUCCUGACUGUCUUAGUGUCCUUCCUGGAUGUCCGUAACAUAAUCCUGGGGAAGUCCCACUAUGUGCUUUACGGUCUUGUGGCUGCCAUGCAGCCGCGUAUGCUAGUGACCUUUGACGAGGAGCUGCGCCCCCUUCCUGUGUCUGUGAGAGUGGGUCAGGCGGUAGAUGUGGUGGGCCAGGCUGGCAAGCCAAAGACUAUCACCGGCUUCCAGACGCACACAACACCAGUGCUGCUGGCCCACGGUGAGCGAGCGGAGCUGGCCACAGAAGAGCACAUACCUGUCACACCCAUUUUGGAAGGUUUUGUUAUCCUGCGCAAAAAUCCCAACUAUGAUGUUUGAAUUGCCAGCCGUCUGGGGGUGGGUGAGGGCUUGGGGUGGGAGUGUGUGGAAUGUGGAACAAUGAAGAGGGAUCACCUUCUUCCAUACUUUUUUGUUACAAAAUGAGUUUGUCCUAGGAAAAUAAACUGACUUCCACGUAAA